AUGGCUGAAGAGCAACUCAAGCAAGACUUGGCCGAUGAAAAGGGCUGCAGCUCCGAAAAUGUGGAAGACUGCGCGAUUAUUACCACUAUUGACGGUAUCCCGGUGCUUGGCCUCCGCUUUGAAGAUGCAGAAUUCUAUCGCAAUUUCCCCCCUGAAAGAAGGAAAAGAAUACUUCGCAAGGUUGACAUUAGGCUGAUACCUAUGCUUUGCAUCCUCUACUUGAUCUCGCAUUUGGACCGAGCAAAUAUCGGCAACGCAAAAACUCUCGGCCUGUCAGAGAGCUUGCACUUGAGCGGUAUUCAGUAUAAUAUUGCACUCAGUCUUUUCUUCAUACCUUAUGUUCUCCUUGAGGUGCCAAGCAAUAUCCUGCUGAAAAAAUUUGCUCGACCAUCUCUCUAUUUGGGUGCUUUAAUUGUCAGCUGGGGAACUAUCAUGACCUUGACUGGUGUGGUCCAGAAUUUUGGGGGAUUAUUAGUUAUGCGAAUUCUGUUGGGAAUCUUUGAGGCUGGGUUCUUCCCCGGUUCGGUAUAUUUGUGCUCGUUCUGGUACAUGCCGAAAGAUCUCGCCACCCGCGUUGCCGCGUUCUUCUGCGCCAGUGCCUUAUCUGGGGCAUUUUCCGGUCUUGUCGCGGCUGGAAUCAGCAAAAUGGAUGGGGCAGGUGGCUAUGAAGGCUGGCGCUGGAUCUUUAUCAUCGAGGGCUUAGCGACUGUCGUUUUGGGAAUAUCGAGCUUUUUCCUGAUUAUAGACUCCCCUCGAUUGUCUAUUAAGUGGCUUGAACCGGACGAAAUUCGCUACCUUGAAAUCCAGCAUUUCAUCAAAGAAGGAGGUCAGUUCCGAGACGAGCAGAAGAAGACGUCAUGGAAAGAUAUUUGGGAUAUGAUUCAGAACUGGAAGAUUUAUUUGCUGUCCUAUAUCAUGUUUUGCCAAUGUGCCUGCAAUUACGGAACCAAAUUUACGCUUCCUACACUCACAGAGGCAAUGGGGUUCUCGGGUACCAACGCUCAGCUCAUGACAGUUCCGCCUUAUAUUGCUGGUGCCAUAUCUGCCGUUCUUUUCUCCAAAAUAUCUGAUCGAUACUUCUGGCGUAUGCCAUUCAUAGCAGCGCCCUUACUAUUGAUCAUCAUUGGAUACGCGAUCAUAGUUGGCAUCAAAGGCGAGCUGGCAACACACUUCGGUCUCAGUUAUUUUGCGAUCAUAAUUGCCUGUAUGGGAAUCUACCCAGUCUAUCCAGCGACAGCCUCUUGGACGGUCAAUAAUUUGGCUCCUUCAAGCCGCCGCGCUAUCGGCAGUGCGCUUAACAUUUGUCUUGGUAAUACUGGGGGCAUCGUUGGUAGUUAUAUGUACCUUGAUCGUGAGAGCCCGACCUAUAUCACGGGCUUUGGGUUGUCAUUGGCCUUUGGUGUUUCAGGUCUUAUCAUGGCAAUCAUCCUCGAAUUCUAUUUCAUAGCUGCCAACAAACGCAGGAGCAUGAUGAAUGAUUUGGAGGUUCGUGAGAAAUACACCGAUGAAGAAUUGGUGGCUCUGGGGGACAAAUCACCACUCUUCAAAUACACGCUUUAA